AUGUCGACCCCCAAUGGCCACGUAAAUGGUGUUAAUGGCACCAAUGCCAUCAGAGGCACUUAUGGAGUUAAUGGCACCUUCGAAGGUGCGCCUAUCCUUACGGGCACGGUCAAACACCAGCCAGAUCCCAAUGUGCGCAACAUAAUGAUCACAGGCGGUGCAGGCUUCAUUGCCUCCUGGGUCGUUCGCCAUUUCACUUUGACUUACCCAGAAGCCUACCACAUUGUGUCCUUCGACAAGAUCGACUACUGUGCCAGCCUCAACAACACCAAAUGCCUCGAUUCGGCCCCCAACUUCUCAUUCGUCUUCGGCGACAUCAACGAUCAAGCUGCUGUGCUCCGCUGCCUCAAGCAGUACAAUAUUGAUACCAUUAUGCACUUCGCUGCCAUGUCGCAUGUCGACCUCUCCUUUGGCAACUCCUUCGCUUUCACCGAAACCAACGUGGUAGGCACACACAAACUGCUUGAGGCAGCCGUCAAAUGCGGCAUCAAGAAGUUUAUCCAUGUCAGCACCGAUGAGGUCAACGGUGAGCACGAGGGAGAUGACCUCAAGGAAGACAGUCUGCUCAAGCCCACCAAUCCUUACGCUGCAAGCAAAGCCGCCGCAGAGAUGUACAUCGAGGCGUACCAAAAGUCAUACAACCUGCCCUGCAUUAUCGUGCGCAGCAACAACGUCUAUGGCCCCCACCAAUAUCCUGAGAAAAUCAUCCCUAAAUUCACCUCCUUGCUCGAUCGCCAAAGGACGCUUCUCUUGCAUGGCAACGGCGCCAAUCUGCGCCGCUACCUUUUCGCCGCCGAUGCCGCCGAUGCUUUCGACACCAUUCUACACAACGGUGUGCCAGGACAGAUCUACAACGUCGAUUCUGUGGAUGAGCAUUCCAACAUCGAGGUCGCGCACCAACUGCUGCGCCUCUUUGGUAUUCCAGAGGAAGAGGCCGAUAGGUGGGUCGCUUACACCCGCGACCGCCCCUUCAACGACAGCAGAUAUAGGGUCAAUGCGGACAAGCUCAGGGGUUUAGGGUGGAGACAAAAAGUGGGAUUUGAAGAGGGGCUGAAGGUGACGGUAGAGUGGUACCGGAGGUUUGGUAGGGGUUGGUGGAAGGGAACCGAGGGCUUGUUUGAUAGUGCCUUCCCCGAGGUGGGCGGUGAGGGCGUUGUGGGCCGGGAAGGCAAGAAAACGCCUUUGAUCGAGGUGCAGCAAGCAAAAAUGUCGAGCGCUGGCGAUGUGUCAGGACAGCAGGCGAUCGGGAGUGACUUCUUGGGAGUGCCGGGAGCGGAGGCUUCAAAUGCGGCGAGCCUGCUGGCCGCCACAGCGGCAGCGAUGAGUGAGCGGCCAGGCAAUGUGGAAGGGGGGCUGAAGCGGAGCAACACCAGGAAACGAGCACGGGAAAUUGAGACUGACGUUGAGGGCGAGGGCAAGGAGAACGAGGAUGUGCAGGCCCGCGCCAAGAGGCAGAUGCUGGACGAGGGGUUCGUGGACGAGGAGACGGUGCGUUAG